AUGUUCCGAUGGCUCAUUCGUCGUCCUGAGGACACGAUUCAGACGACUAUUGAAGCAGCAGUGGCAGCAGACAGGGAAAAUAAAAUCCAGGAGGCAGUGGAGCUGUAUGCGUCUGGUAUUGAAAAGAUGAUGGCGCAGCUGGCGCAGCUACUGGACGACGAGGAUAAUUUGAAGAUGCGACAAAAGAUUAAUGAGUACAUGCUGAGGGCCGAGUAUUUGAAGGAGCAGAUGGCGGAACAGCAGUCGUUGAAGCUGAAGACGCAGGAGGCACUGGUGUCGAAUGCUCAGGGUGGUAAUGCACGUACGACAAAUGAUCGACAGAGACGAAGAGCAAAAUAUUCUAAACAGCAUGCAGAACACGCACAUACGAUUCUGAAUGAGGUGUUGGACCAUUCACCUGGUGUGCAUUGGACGGACAUUGCGGGGCUAGGCGUUGCAAAGCAGAUUCUGCAGGAGGCUGUUAUUCUGCCUACGCUGCGCCCAGACUUAUUCACGGGCUUAAGAGCUCCACCUCGAGGAGUGCUGCUUUUCGGACCACCGGGUACAGGGAAAACGUUGCUGGCGAAAGCUGUCGCUACCGAGGCGAAUGCAACAUUCUUCAACAUUUCUGCGUCGUCUUUGACCUCCAAGUGGGUGGGUGAAGGCGAGAAAUUGGUUCGAGCGCUUUUCCAGAUGGCCAAAGAGCUACAACCAUCUGUGGUUUUCAUGGAUGAGAUCGACGCUUUACUGGCGACAAGAUCGGCAUCCGAGAACGAUGCUAGUCGAAGAAUAAAAAACCAGUUUUUUACUGAGCUUGAUGGAGCUGCGUCGUCGCAAGAGGAUCGCAUUCUCGUCAUGGGAGCUACAAACCUCCCACAGGAGCUCGACGAGGCCAUUGUACGACGCCUUGAGAAGCGCAUAUAUGUACCUCUUCCGGAUGCUUCAUCGCGUGAAGGACUUAUUCGGCAUUUACUUGGUGAUCAAAAUAUUCUUCUGUCGUCCAAAGAGAUUAAGUACAUUGUCAAAUUGACCGAAGGCUACUCCGGCAGUGAUCUCAAGGCUGUGUGUAAAGAUGCUGCUCUUGGCCCAAUUCGAGAGCUUGGUGCAAAAGUCGCGAACGUGAACGCCGAAGACGUGCGAGGGAUUAAUGCAUCCGACUUCCAGGUGGCGAUCAAGCGGGUCCGCCCAAGUGUGUCUUCGACGACGAUAGAAGCUCUCAUUGCAUGGAAUGGUAACUAUGGAGUGUCUGCAGAAUGA